UCUCACCUCAGGGAAAGCGUUUGUUUGUUGACAUGGAUGUGAAGUGCAUUCUGGGCCUUGCGGUCCUGGUGGCUGUGUCAGCUUUGGCUGAGAGGGAGGCUUUGACUAUUUCAGAGCAAAUUGAGAGAGUGAACAGGAAUAUUGUCCGUUCGCCUGGUGAUCCAUAUCUGGAGGACGAUGUUGCCUAUAAUUCUGAGGCUGAGAGAAACGCUGACCCCUGCACAUCGAGUGGCUGCAUGUGGCCCAAGUCUGCCGAUGGGUACGUCUACGUGCCCUACGCCGUCUCCAGAGUGUACACUUCUCGUGAGGUGGCAAUCAUUGAUCGAGGUCUGCAGUCCUUCCAUGAAUUCUCUUGUAUCCGCUUUGUGAGACGCACCUCCCAGAAAGAGUUCCUGAAUAUCCGAUCCCUUAAUGGGUGCUACUCCUUCAUUGGCCGUCUUGGCUACGGACAGGAUCUGUCUCUGUCUCGCUCGGGCUGUGUUUAUCACCAUCUUGUGCAGCAUGAGGUGCUCCAUGCCCUGGGCUUCCACCAUGAGCAGAAACGAUCUGACCGCGACCAGUACAUCCGUGUCCAGCUGGAGAACGUCACCCCUGGAUUGGAGCACAACUUUGACAAAAUCAAUACUCUGAACCAGGACACCCCCUACGACUACGGCUCUGUCAUGCAUUACCACCAGUACGCUUUCUCAAAGAACAACCUGCCCACCUUGGUGGCCAUCCCUGACUCCAGCGUCGAGUUCGGCCUGGCCACCGAGAUGAGCCAGAUGGACAUCAUCAGACUCAACAAGCUGUACAAGUGCUGAACAGUUACUGGUCCUGAAUACAAUUGAGUACUCUGAGUAUUCAAGGUGAAUGAGAUGAUGCAUACUUCAGGACGAGAGUCGUCAUCAUUGCUGUCUUCAGGGGUCAACAAUAAAUUCUCCAUGAUUCAAUCAACAUCAAUAAAUUUGCAUUAAAACAUACA